AUGUCCUUCCAUUCGGCGAUGAGACAAGCUGACCGUGCAGAAGGGAUAACACCUUUCAAAGAUAUACCGGAGCACCUCAUUGAACGAACACAGACAGGAAAGGUCAUCAACGUAAGACCGCCAUCACCGAACAGUCCCACGUCAACUCUUAGGAGACGCGUGAAGGAGUUGGAAGAAGAACUCGAAGCCAAGGAGGACCAGGUGAUGAAGAAGAAACAGGAAUACCAAACUCGGAUAGGAUCAUUGGAUGCUCGUAUUUAUGAACUGGAGCAGCAACAGGGUAACCUGGAAAACGCAGCGGACGAAUGGAAAAUCAAAUAUGAGCGCCAAAAAGAACUCGCAGAGGAAUACCUGAAAAUGGUAGAUGACAGAGAAAUGGAAGGUCAUCUCGCAGUCAGUGAUCUCAACGAGAGUAUGUCAGAAGAGUCAGCGGAAAGGUCACGGCACUUAGCCGAAUUGAAGGACGAAUGCGACUCAUUGAAGUUAAAGGUCACCGAAGCAGAAGCCAAAAGAGACGAGUAUGCGAAUAAACUGGCUGAAGCUUCACAACGACUGUUGAACAACACAAAUGAGGUGUUUAAGCUGAGAAACGAACUAAAGCAGCGAGAUGAGAGUAUCGGAAUUCUUCAGAGAGAAUCGAAAGGUCAUCAGAGAAGAGCCGACGAAGCCAUCCAAGCGGCUAAGGACUUGAGGGACCUUACAGCCACCGAAGGUGCACGGCUGAAGAAUGAGAUAAGACAGGUGACAGAAGAGAAUAAAAAGGUCACGGAAGAAAACAAGGAGUUGAAAGAAACCGCCAAGGCCAUGGCCGAACAAGGUUCGAACUGGGAACGGGAAGCACUCCGUUUAGACGAGAUGGUUACGGCGCUCGAACGGAAAGACAAGGAGUGGCAACAAACAGUCCACCAGAAGACACAAGAGAUCAUUAAGCUCAAUACGGAGCUGAUUGAUAUGACCCAAACAGUGAUGACAAGAGAAGACGAAGUUACUCAGACAAAAGACCAAUUGAAAGCGGCAGCCGAAGAAUAUAUGAAGCUGGAAAGAGAAGUUACCCAUUUGGCGGAACAUAUCAAAAAGGUGGAGAAUGACACUGAAAAAGUCGUUCAGGAGAAAACAUUCCAGCUUCACCACCACAUGUUAAAGAUCAAUCAGGAAAAUCAGGACUUGAAAGUCCAGAAAGACCAAUCGGAGUUGAAAAUCAGACGCCUCGAAGAUGAGAAUAAAGCGCUCAAUAUGUCUAAUAAGCACAAAGACGAACAGCUCUUGCAAUACGGAGUUAGAACGACAACGGUGGAAUCGCCUCCGCCCAGUUACAGCAAAGCGCAUGAAACGGGCACGGGUAAAAGCUUCCAUUUUGAAAUGCCAUUACGAACCGGUACAGGCAGGGGGAACGUUAAAACGGAACAAGACGGCGAAAAAGUCAAAGAUGAUAAGGAACCACCAUCAGGCUACUCACACUCAAGCCGAGGUGACCCUUCACAAUUUCCCCCACAUAGCGAAGUGAACGCGUCCAUCGACGAAGGGCGACGGGACAGACCCCCUAGUCGACAGGAGCGUCCAAGGAAAUCCCGUUACGCUAAGCCGAGACGAAACCAAAACGAUGACGACAGUAGCGAAGAAGAAGAUCCAAGAGGAGGAUUUGCAUUGGCAAAAGCAUUGAACUCCAUGGCUCGGAAAACGCCACUCGUGACCUUUGACGGCAGCCGCGACACCGUCAAUGGCUGGACAAGACUGGUGAAAGAAACACUGGACACCUACGAGCUCACUGACAAACAAAUAAUGAUUGAAGUGGCCAGCGCAGUGAAAGGGCCGGCUAAAGGCUGGUUCGAAGGAGAAAAGGAUAUCGCGGCAGAAGACGGAAUCGAAUAUACCGUAACAGAAUGGAUGGACAAAUUUAAAGACGAAUACGGUGAUCGGGACGAAGAAGUCUUAGGCCUACGCGAGGCCUACGCGAGGAAAUUUGAACUGGGUAAAGAGUCGCUCGACCAAUAUUAUCAGGCGAUGAUGCGAUUCAAAGCAAAAGCAAAUCAUUACGGAAAAACAAGCAGUGGGCUUCUUAAUCGAAGGAUGCAGAGUAGAUAA